CACUAGAAUGUCUCAUGAAAAAAGAAGAAUAAGGAUAGAUUCGAGAACACGCGUAUGAAGAAAAAUUAUAUCUAAGUAUUAACAGUAAUAACUAACGGGAGUAUGGUAAAAUUUGAUAUUAAGAAUGGCUAAACAGAAAAUUUGAGAAUCAACUAUCAAAAUUGUAGUGUUCAUUGAAUUAGUUUUUUAUUCUUUUACGUUAGGCGUAGUAGUCAAUGAGUCAGUGUGAUCACUCGCAACAACAUACAAGUGACAUAUAUACAUUUGUAGUAAUUUAUUAAUAAUAUAUUUUGAUACAAAAAGAAAUUAAAGAGUAUUUGCCAUAAUGUCACGACAUCGUGACGUUCGAUCUAUGGAGUAUUCAAAUUAUAUUGAUACAUAUGACGAUCUUUCCGAAGACUCAAUGGAAGAAGAUUAUGCGGUUUCUCCUAGUGUACAGCAGUUUAUUUAUGAUCGAAAUAAAGAAGGUGCUAUAACUUCAUUUUUUAAUCAUUUAGAUAAUGAAGAUAAUAAGGUAGUGUGUGAUGUGGUGUAUGAUGAAGCAGCAUUAAAGAUUUGUAGAGAUGCAAUUGGAGAUUUGCUUGUGGAUAUAAUUUCAGAAUCAGAAUUAAAGAAGAGAAUUUAUAAAUUUAAUUACAACGUAGAAGCAGUUAUUAAUUCAGUUUUAAACGAACCAAACGAAGGUUUAAGGAGCUAUAAUUUAUCAGAUUUCAUAGCAGGAAACAAUCCAAGUCCUGAAGAGCUCCCUGAAAAGAUGAAGCCAACGGUAAAAGUAGUUCCUACAACUUCAAAAAAUAUAGUGAAGGGCUUCGACGUGAGUGUCACAGAAAAUGUAAACAACCUUACAAUACAAUCGGAAAGUCCGUGUGUUGUUAGAAAUCAGGAACUAAAGUCAAAAGCAGAUUCGAAUAGGAAGAAAAAAGGACAAGCUUCGACAGUAAAUCUGUUACAAAUGCUGUGGUAUUGUACAAUUAAGGGAAAGUUAAGGAGUGAAUUGCCUAUCACACUGGAAAACUCGGAGCAGCCAAGGGUCAAAGAGAAACGAGAUGCCCUUGCCAUCUACAAGAGUAAGCGCGAAAGCUGUAAAGAAAAUUUGAGUCUUAUUAUGGUUGGCCACGUGGACGCUGGUAAGAGCACGAUAUUAGGUAGACUGCUAUAUGACCUUGGCCAGGUGCCCGACAAGGUAUUUCACAAGAACCAGGAAGAAAGUAAAAAGAUCGGCAAGCAGUCCUUCGUCUAUGCAUGGGUACUUGAUUUAAGCGAGGAGGAGAGGGAACGGGGCAUUACAAUGGACAUCGGCCAAUCGAAGUUUGAAACCGAUAACAAAAUUAUCACAUUAAUCGAUUCUCCAGGACACAAAGACUUUGUACCGAAUGUGAUAAUGGGAGUAGCUCAGGCAGAUGUAGCUUUCUUGGUAGUCGAUGCAACGACAGGAGAAUUCGAAACAGGAUUCGAAAGUGGUGGUCAAACGAGAGAACAUACUUUGCUAUUACGUGCUCUCGGAGUUACACAGUUAGCGGUAAUAAUAAACAAAUUGGAUACAGUUAAUUGGUCUGAACAAAGAUUUAAGAAAAUUGUGAUGGACAUGGCAGAUUAUUUAAAGCAAGUAGGUUUUAAAGAACCCAUAAGGUAUGUGCCAUGUAGUGGCCUUUCAGGAGUAAAUAUCGUUGAAAAUGUUAAAGAUAUAGAAAAAUUCUCGUGGUAUAACGGUCCUACUCUUGUAGAAGUUAUCGACGGUUUUAAAAGUCCAGAACGUCCUGUAGAUAAACCAUUGCGAUUUUCCGUUAACGAUAUAUUUAAGAAUGCAGGCUUUGGUUUUAGUAUUUAUGGACACAUGGAAACUGGCAUGGUUUCAGUUGGUGAUAAAAUCCUUGUCCUACCUUCCAAUGAAACUGCUAUCGUUAAAGGAAUACAAAUGGACGACAACAACGUAACGCACGCAUUCGCAGGUGAUCAGGUCUCGCUUAUUUUAGCCAAUAAUUAUCAGGAAAAGCUUGCUAUUGGUCAUAUCAUCUGCGAUCCUCAGUUUCCGGUGCCUGUAACAAAUCGCUUUCAAGCACAUAUUGCUUGCUUCAAUAUAAACAAAAUAUUGACGAUUGGUAUGCCAGUGGUCUUACACCAGCAAUCACUCGUUGAACCAGCAAUUAUUAGUAGAAUAAUGGCAGAGAUAAACAAGAGUACCGGUGAGCCCUUGAAGAAAGCGCCCAGAUAUUUAGCAAAAAAUAUGAACGCGAUCGUCCAAAUAACGACAGAAAGGCCAAUUUGUGUUGAACUUCAGAAGGACUCGAGGCAAAUUGGCAGAAUUACACUUAGGAUCGACGGUUUAACAAUAGCAGCUGGUCUUAUCACAAAGAUCGAAUAAGAGUUUUAUGAUAUUUCUCUUGUUAAAUAGUCUGAUUAUUUUUUAUAAGAAUUUUUAAGAUUCUUUGAUAUCCCGUAAAUACGUCUUUUUAACACAUGCAUAUUUAUCGAGUUAUUAUUUAAAUUAUCUUUCCUACCCUAUAUUUCAAGUUUC